AUGAUGGACCAACGGGAACUCGAGUCGCAUGUCAAGGCCCUCCACAAGGCAGCGCAAGCCAACGAACCUCCGGCCAAUUUACUCACCCUACUCGACACUCUGAAGAAGGAUGCGCGACCGACGGAGGAGAUGCUUCGAGUUACUAGAGCGGGGCUCGUCGUCGGAAAACUGCGCAGCAAUCAGAGCCGAGACGUUGCCCGUGCCGCUGGGGAGAUCGUCGGACUGUGGCGAAAAUACGUCGAAGCCGAGAAGAAAGCGAAGGGACUGGGACCGAGCGCCGCAGGCAAGGCCCGUGGUUCUGCAUCGCCAGCUGCUACCAAAUCUGCUUCUCCGGCUCCCAGCAAGCCUGCUGCCCCCGGCGCGAAGAAAAUGUACGACGGCGACACCGAGAAGCGGAAUCUCAAGGCAGACAAAGUGGACAUCGAGCGUACUGGUUCAAAAAUAAGGAACAAUUGCAUCGGCCUCAUAUACAACGGUCUGGCUUACCGAUCGCAAGAGUCGAUUGAGACUGUGCUCCAGCGGGCACAGGAGGUUGAGGCUGCUGGCUACAAGGCGUACAAGGGCGAGACCAAGGAGUACACGACCAAGAUAAGAUCUCUGUUUCAGAACCUCAAAGUCCCUACCAACGCCGAGCUAGGACGCAACGUCAUGUCUGGAGCCAUCUCUGCCGACCGCUUCGUCGUCAUGAGCUCAAAGGAGCUCCUGUCAGCUGAGCAGCGCAAGACCGAUGCCGAACUCGAGCAGGAGAACAUGAAGAAGGCCCAGGUCCCCAUGGUGGAGAAGUCCAUCUCCGAUACGCUCGAGUGCAGCAGCUGCCACAAGAAGAUGGUCAGCUACACCCAGGCGCAGACCCGGAGUGCUGAUGAGCCGAUGACCACCUUCUGCGAGUGCAUGAACUGCGGCAAGCGUUGGAAGUUUUCGUGA